AUGAAAAUCGUCGCGAGUUCAAUAGCGCCACUGUCGCUCGGUUGUCAUCGCUCCGCGUGCGCCGCGCCCUGCGCGGCGAUCGUCACCAGCGGUGAUGUUCGACGGAAAGCCGUGAUAGAUAAUGAAGAAAUAAGUGACUAUUACGUCGGGCAGGACUUCAGCAUUUUAAGUAAUUCAAUCGAAAAUACGGACAACGAAGGUCUUGGAGUUGAAAAACCAGAAUCAACUUUACCCCCUGUAGCGGAAAUCAUAGUCAACCAAUUAAGGGGAAUAGCGCAGAAAAAUAAAAUACAAAAUCGCACUCAUAGAAUACGAGCUCUUGUUCCUGGCGAGCAUGCACAAUCCAACAAUAGUGAUAAAUCCGAAAAUAACAGUGACUACGAAUUGCCGCCACCUUCUCCAAGUCCAGUUUCAUCUUCUACGCCUUCCAUUAAUUCUUGUUUAGAACGCUUAGACCUCAAUAAUAGUCCCGAAUCUGAACAUAUUCAAAAUGAUGAUGAACAGCCGUUAGAACCAUCCGAUUUAUACCACUCCGAAGCUCUACAAUUAACUCUAGUUUUGCAGAAAACUUUCCCUAAUACACCAUCUAGAGAACUAAACUUUGAAAAAGUUCCAUCAUUAUCU